CUCACGUUUGCAUCAACGAUACGCUGAUCGAUACGGACGACUUGAACGACGAUCUGUUCAUGAACGGUUGCGACCGCUUCGACGACAACGGCGAGUGUGUAUAGCGAUGAGAGUGGGCUACGGCGAUGAACUCGGCGAGAACAGCGACGAAAACGACAACUACGACGCUUCUUCCGCAAUCGCACUGCAAUAUUUGCCGGUUCUGUGAGCACCUGUAUCGGGGACAUUACUGCUGCUCGUUCUAUUACUAUUACCCGUACGAUUACUGCUCAAGUGUGUUGUUUGACUGCUUCGACUGUGGUAGCCCAACCCAGUUAGAAAGGCGGCAGCAGCACCACCAACAACAACGCGUCGAACGAAGAAUUCCGCAGCACUACCACCCUGCAGACGCUGUGCCAGACAUCAUCGACGAACGGAAAAUCAUCUACUACUAGCGGCGAAUCAUUCAACUAGGACCUAUGCAAGCAUACGACGUGUAACAAACAGAAAGAAAACACAACACAGACGAACAAUCUAGCAGAACAGAGAGGAGAAUGGAUAACCCGAAGAGCGCAAUUAGUAAACUCAACUUGUAAACGACUUUAAUCUUUUCUGUUUGAAUAUCCUGAAAGCAAGGUAAACAUGGCAUUAACAAUAAUUAAACAAGGAUAAAACUAACAUUAGAUAAAUAAAAUAUUUUAAUUAAACUGGAAAGUGAACAAGUGAAUUUUUUAUCCAAACUAUGAAUAAAAACAAUACUGUCGAUGCAAGAUAAUUCAUAAAAAAAAAUCAAAAAUAACGAUAAAAAUAUUACAACUUUAGACGAAACAAAAAAACAAAACAAGUAAAAGAGAAAAACAAAGAUUUCAUAACCAAUCGCAAUACAUUGUUUUUAGUUUAGGUUUUUUCAACAAAAACAGGAACGGUAACAAAAAUCUGUGUAUCUGUAAUAUAGUUAUUAAAAUUGUAACUAACUGAAACAUAGCAAAAUAAAAGAAAACAAACGAGUCAAAACGCAGGAGAAUUCGGAGAUAAAAAAACGUGAACAAAGAAAAAACGAAAGUGACAGAGAGAUAGCGAAUGUGGUUGCAGUUGAUUUAUUUGUAAGUUCAUUUUAUAUGAAAACCUCCCUUUUUACUAACAAACUGUUUAAAAAAAAGUGGAACUAACGUAGAAAUUAAACAUAACCUAAGGAAAGUAAAACAAAAAUAACGUGAACGAAUAACAGAGUUAAGUAACACGCAAAACAAAACACACUAGGAAAUAUUUAAAAAUCAUACCUUGAAAAACAUUUAAGCUCAACCACACAAACUCACACUCGAACACAAACACUUCCAAGCAAAAUUAAGAACAAACCAAAAAAAAGUUUAAACAAACACUUCCACACUGACACGCGAGAGAAAGCAGAAAAAAACAUCACCUAACAUCGAUAAUUAGCAUAUUUAAACAGAGAGAAAGCGACGCGAGAGAAGCUGUAGAGUAACAAACCUUCACGUACUAAAAAGGAAAUCAAAAAACAAAAAGAGAAAAUGAAAAAACCAAUCGCAAAUUUGAAACGUGAACAAAAAGCAAAACCAAAAGAAGAAAAAGUUGUUUUUUAUAUAUUUGUACGGAAAAAACAGUUAUUAGAAAUUAACAAUAAAAAAAAGUAACAGAAGAAUAAAACAGAAUAAAAAUCUAUGUAUAGCGAAAGGUUUGAGUUUGACAACAGAUAGAGAGAGAGAGAGUGUGUUAAAUCUUUGGGAAGGAUGCGCAGCCGUACGAUUUGGAAGCUCAAGUUAUUCGCAGCAGCACUCAAGCAGUUUUCGGUUAACGUUGUUUCUCACAAAAUUCUCUUACACACCACUGAUUUGUUUCUAAUUUCGAACGGCUAAAAUCAGACACAAAACAUAGCUGAUCACAACUGUGAGUCAAAGUGAUCAUUUACGCUUACAAUGAUCUUCCCUGUAAAGAAAAAAUAAACAAUCGGAACGGAUGAUAUUAUGGAAACAGAGGGUUUUGGCAAAAGAAAAUCACUGAUCAUUACCCAUAUGUUGUAGAGAAAUUAUUUAAAUUUUUGUAAACGAAACGAGCAACAACCAAAAAAAAAUGAACACACCCAACAGAAAAUAAUAAACGUAAAACGAAACGAAGGGUUGAUGUGACAUUGUUAAACCGAAAAAUGAGCAAACGUUGCAAAGCAAAUACUGCAUCUAAGAAGUAAACUUUAACCGAACAAGUAAACAUAACAAUUAACCAUGUAUUAAAUGUGUAAAGCAAACAACUAAACAAAACUAUCAUUUAACAAAAGCAGGAAAAGGAGGUUAACCAAAUUAUAUUGCAAGUGUGAGCGUCCAACAAACGAAUACUACAUUAUAUACCACACCUACACAAACACAUUCAAACAUAGGCAUACAUAUACGCAAGAAAAGAAAAAAAAACCAAGCAUAAAAAAGUAUAGGACUAUCAAGAAAAAAAACGAGCAACAAAAAAUUAACAAAACAAUCUCAUACCAAUUUAGAGGCAAAAAUUAGCAACCAAAAACAACACACCCGCAUCGCAUAAGGUACAAACAAUAGAAAGAAAGAAACACUCAAAAAACAAGCGAAUGCCCCCCCGUUACUAAAAGGAAACGAAAUGUCAAAGGGAACCAAGACUCCCCUAGAAUCAUCAUCCUACAAAGAAAAAAUCAGUUAUUUCUGCAUAGUGAAACACCACAAGAAGACACAACAACAACAACAAUUAAAGACGCCCUGAUUGACGACACCGAAGACCCGAAAACAAAAACACACCUACAAGUGAAAAGGAAACAAUUAAACAACAACACAGCUGCGUUGACACAGAUGAGAGCAAUAGAUAGGUUACGUAAUAGCCCAAACUUUCGGUUGAAGGGACGAUUUUUUUUUUCGUUCGUUUAUUCACACAGGUUGAUAAAAACAAUAGCUGUUGGUUUGACUGCAAUUAUCAUCAAAACACACUUGUAUUUUCUUGCUAAGAAUAUUCAAUCCAUAUCUACUGCUUCUUGAAUGAUUUUUUUUUACUGAAGGCAGCUGAAGGGUCCGUUUCUUCUGAAAGUAGAGUGGACAUUGUUUACGGCAUACCACUUCAUAAUCGUUUCGGUAAUAUUUCAAAUCUGAUCGAAACAGAUUGGAAAAAUUUUGUUGCUUGUAAUCUCGAGAUUUUCGGUUGAGUUGAUUCCAGAUGAACCAGAUACAAACUACGAGACUAACUAGCGGACAAGCCGAACUUAGGAACCUGGUACACACAGUCACAUUCACAUUGAACAAAAGCAAAACAAGUAUAAAAAUUCAAACGAGCAUACGCGACACACGUUAAAAAUUCAGCAACAUAAAUAAAAACGUUAGAGUUAGAUGUUUGUUAAACCAAAACCAAACGGAAAGAAAGAAGUACAAGGAAAACAAAAGAACAACAGAAGAAAAUGGCAAAUCGUCAACGGAACGAAGGCAGCCAAAACAAACAUAACAGCACAGACAUCAAGCGGAAGCGGAAGUCUAGAGUCUGAACGACUGAUACCGAAAGAGAGCGAUACACAGUGAGUAACAGAGAGCAGAAAACAACAAACGAAUAGGAUUAACACAUGUUAGAAAACGAAAACCAGACUUGGAAGAAUUCCUGUGUUUUUAAUGUCAGUUUUUAGCGAACAAAAAUAAUCACCACAAGAAACAACUGAGAGAAACACAUACACACAGAUACACUUACACAAACAUCCAGAAAGAAAUCAGCAUUGAAAUACGUAUUUAUAAUUUUUUUUUCUUAUUUUACUUUCCAAUUUCUUCUAGGCUUGAAACCAAUCUAUGUUUUUUUUCUGAUUUUUAACCUCACAUCUGUUCAUGUGGAAUUUAUCGGAGCCAAUUCAACCUGGUUCAUAGCCCACUAGAUCAGAUCGGUACGCAGAAUAAUGAGUAAACGUUAAUUGAUAAUCACUGCCUGUUGAAAACAAAACACAAACGUACAUAUUGAAAAUUUUAUUAACCAAUAAAUAAUGUGGUUGAGGAUUCAUCCAAUGUGUGUAAAUCGUAGUAGCCGUAGAAACGUUAAAAACAUACACAUUAUAACAGUAUUCCGACACUAUGCAGCAAAACUUAAAAAAAAAACAAUUUAACGAAUAACGUCAUACUAACGUUUCUACUCUUUCAUCAUAAACACAUGUAGGAAGAAGAACAAUCCGCAUCCACAAAACAAGGUCACAGAUGAGCGCAAAAACACCUGGUAAAACAAGCAUUUUCAACCGCCAUUCAUAGUAGGUUUGGCGAAAAACAGAAAUUGUACUUGGUAGGUAGAGAAGCUUCAUUUUAUACCCAAGGAACCAUCAAGUUUUGACCACCAAGCAAAACAGCGGCGUGACGAGACGGAUAAAAGCUAUUUAGAAAAACAAAAGCAUCCGAUGAAUUUCUCAUGAAAUAAAAAAACACUUUUUUAAUAAUCUUUUUUAAAUUUUUUGUUUAGAAAAAGGCAAAAUAAUUCUUUAUUUUGGUAACAACAAACCAGCGGUGCUGUUUCAGUGAAAAGAACAAACCGUAGGCACCCAUUCAUAACACGAAGAAAUACUAACACACACACACACGCAGAGACCCACAUACUGACAGACAGGUGAAGUCUAUAAACAUGCAAACAAAACACAACCCCUCAAACAUGAACAUCACGAAAAAAAAAACACAAACAAACACUGCUACCAUCGUUCUUCGCCUCAAGCAAGAAGGAGUGCUUAAAUAAAAGAUAUAGAAAAAAAAAUGAACAACGGAUAAUGGUUAUCAAAGAAUUCACAGAUGUUAAAAAUGUCAUAGUAAUGUUUUUUUUUUUAACUCCAAGAAUAACCGUAACGCAAAACAAGACAAACGAAUGAAGAAAGGAAGCAAGAGCGCUGGUAGCGGUGUUGAGUAUUUAAAGUAAAUUAAAAAAAAACAAAAAGAAAAAAACAGUAAAAGUAAUUCCUAAUGUUGUUUGUUAUAAUAAAAAAAUAAACUGUUACAUAAAUUAUAAAAUAACAGCAAAAAGUAAAUAAAAAAGAAGAAAAAACAUCUGGAAAACAGUGGUAAAAAAAUGAAAAAAAUGUUAAGAGUAUAGAACUCAUUUUGAUAUUAAUUAAUAAAAAAACAAGAAGAAAAUCAGCCGAAAAAACCGUAAUUUUAAGAAUCAAUAACGUGAGUUAACGAAACAGUAAAAACCUAAAAUACCCGAAAAGGUGUAAUGAUUAAACGAAACAUGGAAGUGUUUUUUCGACAAACG